UUUUCAGCAGGUGAAGCUGUAAGAGAGAUGAGCAAUGCCUAGACAAACAACAGUUGCUGUCAUUGCAGCCGCUCUGUUGGGUGCUGCAGCAGGAGGCUUGUUUUUCUGGAAAGUUACCCGACGUCGUAAAGACAAAACCUGCAUCCCACUUAACCAAGGAGAGGCUGUUAAAGAACAAGGAAAGAAAGAUCUCUCAGAAGAAAAGUUUCUUCCUCUCAUCUCCUCUACCACUGUCCCCUGGGUGGAAAAGAUUCUUGGGGGAGAAAUAGUGGUUGUUUCUGAUGCAGAGGGUUGGAAUAGACUGGAACCCAUACUAAAGAAGGAGUUGGAGCACUGUCCAGUCCUUGGAAUAGACUGUGAGUGGGUCUCUACCAAAGAGAAGGCCAAGCCUGUCUCUCUCCUGCAAAUGGCUGCCUGUGAUGGUCUUUGUGCCCUUCUUCGCUUAUCUAGGCUGACCAGUGGUGAACAGGCUCUUCCAAAGACACUGCUGGACAUCCUAGCAGAUGGAGCCAUCCUGAAAGUUGGAGUAGGGUGUUGGGAAGAUUCCUGCAAGUUGCUCCAUGACUAUGGAGUAACAGUCAAAGGGAGUGUUGAUCUCCGGUAUCUGGCCUUGAGAGAAAGCAAGUCCCUCCCACCAAAUGGACUCAGCCUCAAAUCUCUAGCAGAAAGAAUCCUGAACUACUCACUUGACAAAUCUCUUCGCCUAAGAUGCAGCAACUGGGAAAGUGAGCAACUGACCGAAGAACAGAUUGCUUAUGCUGCAAGGGAUGCUCAGGUGUCAGUAGCUAUGUUCCUGCAUCUGCUAAGACUUCCCUUUGUCCCUCAAGCAGAAAGAAGUGAGCAUGCUCUUCCUGGUUGGGAAAAGGGCCUAAGAAAGUGUCAGGAUUUGGUGGAUGUACCCUUCAAAGGAAGAAACAGUAAUUGCCUGGGUGAUGAUGAGAACCUAGGAGACUUGCAGCAAAAAAUGAAGAAUCAGAAGUCAUCACUGACUAAUGAGCAGUCCCCAGCCAGCCAGCCAGGAAAGGAUCCUCGGAAGCAUAAGCGGAAGCCCCUGGGAGUAGGGUAUUCUGCUAGGAAAUCUCCCCUGUACGAUAAUUGCUUCUUAUAUGCACCAGAUGGGCAACCUCUAUGCACUUGUGAUCGCAAGAAGGCCCAGUGGUAUCUUGACAAGGGUAUUGCAGAGUUGGUGGGUACAGACCCAUUUAUUGUGAAGCUACAGUUUGAACCUUCUGGGCGUCCUGAAUCUCAGGUGGAUUAUUAUUUAACAGUCAAAGAGAACAUGUGUGUUGUUUGUGGCAAGACAGAGUCUUAUAUUCGAAAGAACAUAGUGCCUCAUGAAUAUCGGAGACACUUCCCCAUCCAGAUGAAGGACCACAACUCUCAUGACGUGCUCCUCCUCUGUACUGCCUGUCAUGCUAUUUCCAAUUUCUAUGACAACCAUCUGAAGCAGAAAUUUGCUGAGGAAUUUGGUGCCCCCAUUGGCUGUGAGGAGGGCAUCCGUUUGCUUGAAGAUCCCAUCCGCAGGCAAGUCCGUUCAGCUGCUAGGGCCCUUCUGAAUGCAGAUGGCUUGCCUGAUGCCAGGAAAGAGGAGCUGUUACAGGUGGUCAAGGACUACUUUCACUCUCUGACAGUUUCCCAAGAGAUGCUGCAAGAAGCAGCUGGACUGGAAACCAGGAUUUGUAAUGAGACCUAUAUGCCACAUGGUUUGAAAGUAGUACAAUGUUUUGCCAAAGGGGGUCUCUGCUCCCUCAUGCAGCUGGAGAGACGAUGGCGCCAGCACUUCUUAGACACUAUGCAGCCCAAGCAUCUCCCAAAGCAGUGGUCUGUUGAUCACAAUCAUAAGAAACUGAUCCGAAAGUAUGGAGAGGAUCUCCAAGUUGAAUUGUCUUGAAAGCUGGAGCUUCCAGAAGAUAUUUGUGGACUGGUCUGCUUGAUGAACUUAGUAAACACAGGGCCUUUUUUUGAGCAGGAAUGCACAGAAAAGCAGUUCCGGCUGGCUUGGCGUCAGGGGGUGUGGCUUAAUAUGCAAAUGAGUUCCUGCUAGGCCUUUUCUUUUUUAAAAAAGCCCUGAGUAAACAUAACUGAUGUUUCCCUUUUUACCUUCAGUCUCCUAUACUGCUUAUGCUAAACUAGACUUGCUCCCUUCUACUAAACCUGACCAUUGCCCACUUAUGCCUUCAUACUACUUCACACUUUUCCUUUUUUAAAACAUGAAUUUUAUCAGUCACUAGGUAUUUUCCAUUUGUUUUUCUUUCCCUGCCCGUUUCUACCUUGGCAAGCCAUGGAUUGCUUCCCUGCUUCAGUUAAGCCAUUGUCUGACUGUAGUUCCACAAGAGAAGCUUUAGAGGCAGUAGGCUCUUCUUUUGAGGACCUAGAAAUUAUAAUGGUCAAGCUCUGAUGCAGGAUGGCCCUGUAGUUUUGAGUGACAAAUGAGGAGGUGGCUGAGCUUUAAAGAGAAGAUGAAUGUGUUGCUCCUCAGAGUGGUAAAACACUGACAAUGGCAGUUUUGGCUGCAAAAAAGCAGGACUACUACAGAUUCCUCCCGGGGGUCCACAGGGUAACCAUGACAAGGGCAAAUGCAGCUAUGCCACUCUGUUGAGUCAGUAAAUACCCAGUUGCUGUCCCUUGACAAAAGUCUGAGGAAAUCCCUCAAGAGGUAAUGAGAUGGACAGAAAUGACGGGGGACAAAAAUGCAGCCCACAAGGACAUGUAGUGAGACAACAGCCCUGUAUCCUACUAAGGAGUCUUUUCUGAAAAAUUUUCUUUAGCUAAGUGGCCACAGACACCUUUGUGCAAUCAAUGUCAGAUAAGAACUCACUAGGAGAGAACUUACUUUGAACAGGACAAUAAAAUUGAGGGCUCUGAGCAUUUGAAUUUUUUCCAGGAAACCAGAAGAAAACUUUCAGUAAGCUAAUGAUCUUUUAUUGAAAUAAUAAUAAUAGUAAUAAUAAUUAUUACUAUUAUGCAGGAAAUUAAAAAGGGUGCACUGAUGUGUCAGUUAAUACUCUUAAGCACUGAAAAUUCACAUGCAAAAAAAUUAUAUCUAACAUUUCUCAAACAUAACUGAAUACAUGAAGUUCAAAACAAAACAGGUUUCAAUUAACUGUCUCAGAAUAAUUUAGAAAGUUUUGGACAACCAAUAUACACACACAGAAACCUCAGAUACUUUUAACAGUCCCUUUACAGAAACCUGAUUUGUCUUGUGUAUGACACUUUUUGUCAGAAAAAUGACAGUUUCAAAUUUUAAUGUAUCUUUCUAACUUUAAUAUGUGAUUGUCUUUUAGAAAAUAUGAUUGGUCCUUUAUACUGUAGUGAAUUCAUUUUUCAAGUGCAUCUUGACACAUCUUGAUACUUGCUUGUUAUCUACUUUAACAAUAUUAAAAGGUUAAAAUUAACUCUUACUCGCAAUUAAAAUAACAAUACAUGUUCCAUUUCUUCA